GAUUGUGCCUUAGGAAUAAUAAUCCUUGAAACAUUUUAAGUCCCUCAAUAUCAUGAGCGCGCGGCGAACUCACGUGGCCUGUAAACACAUGCGCGAGCAGGAGGUGCCAUGACAUGAAUAAUGUGGCGCCGCGGAGAGCAUAAUUUAUGAUUUGAGACAUAACGCAACUCCAUAACCAAUCCUCGCACUCAGGAGUGAAGCGUAGGUGAACUUGUUUGAUUGACGUCGUGGGAGUCCGUCUGCAGACCACCGUAUACACGCGCGCAGCCAUUGCACUGGACCGCACCGACGAUGCAGAGAGGAUGGAGACGGUCUACAAGGAGGCACAAUGGUUCAUAACAUAGAGAAUUCUGUUGUUUUUCAUUAAAACCGACAUCCAUUGUUAUUUCCACUGGAUUUUUUUAUUUUUUAUUUUUGGAAGUGAGGGAGCCGAAAUCCGUUUUUCUUUUUUUCUUUUUUGGAAAACGUCUUUUUCUAACCUUGUCCAUUCGGUCCCAAAAUGGUCCAACUGCUUCAUGUGGUGUAUCUGGAAACAAGUGGCAGCCUCUUUCGGUCAGUGCAUCAGGACUGAGAGUGUAGCAUGGGCAAUAUAACAGGAUAUGCCAUCAGAGUCUACUGGCUGGCAGGAUUUGGACAGGAGGCUGAUGAUGAGGAAAACGUGAGUGUUUGCACACAAAUGAACUGGGUGGCUGUCUGUUCCCACCAGUGAUAAUCUACACAAGCCCGGCCUGCUCUGGGAGUCUCUACAGAGAGUGGCCAAUAAAAUCUACAAAAGGUCAUCCCAUUUCUACUUUGUGCAGUGUCUGGAGAUGACUACUAAGAGGAAGUUCAUCGGCCGCCUGGUGCCCUGUCGAUGCUUCCGGGGGGAGGAGGAGGUCAUCUCAGUGCUGGAUUAUUCCCACUGUAGCUUGCAGCAGGUCCCUAAGGAGAUCUUUAGCUUCGAGCGCACGCUAGAAGAGCUCUACCUUGACGCCAACCAGAUUGAGGAGCUGCCUAAGCAACUCUUCAACUGUCAAGCACUCAAGAAGCUGAGCAUGCCUGACAAUGACCUCUCCAACCUGCCAACCACCAUCGCCAGCCUUGUGAAUCUAAAGGAGUUAGAUAUCAGUAAAAAUGGUAUUCAAGAGUUUCCAGACAACAUCAAAUGCUGUAAAUGUCUAUCAGUUGUGGAGGCCAGUGUAAAUCCUAUAGCCAAGCUCCCAGACGGCUUCACCCAGCUCCUCAACUUGACACAGCUCUUCUUAAAUGACGCCUUCCUUGAAUACCUGCCUGCCAAUUUUGGGAGAUUAUCUAAAUUACGGAUCCUGGAGCUUCGUGAGAAUCAUCUGAAAACUAUGCCAAAGUCAAUUCAUAGGCUGUCGCAACUGGAGCGGUUAGACUUGGGAAGCAAUGAAUUCUCUGAACUGCCAGAUGUGCUGGAGCAGAUCCAUAGUUUAAAAGAGCUGUGGUUGGACAACAAUUCAUUACAAACCAUACCAGGGUCUGUUGGGAAACUGAGGCAGCUGCGAUAUCUGGACUUGGCCAAGAACAGGAUUGAGAGUCUAGAUGCAGAUAUCUCUGGCUGUGAGGCCUUAGAGGAUCUCCUCCUCUCCUCCAACAUGCUGCAACAAUUACCCGAUUCAAUAGGAAAGUUGAAAAAAUUGACAACAUUAAAAGUUGAUGACAACCAGCUCACCUCACUGCCUAACACCAUUGGAAGUGCACGUGGCAAAACCGGUUUAUCACUUUUAGAGGAGUUUGACUGUAGCUGUAAUGAACUGGAAUCCCUGCCUCCCACCAUUGGCUACCUGCACAAUCUUCGGACAUUUGCGGCCGAUGAGAACUUUCUGGCUGAGCUGCCCAGGGAGAUUGGAAACUGCAGGAAUGUCACGGUCAUGUCCUUGCGCUCCAAUAAACUGGAGUUUCUGCCUGAUGAGAUUGGACAGAUGACAAAGCUACGUGUUCUCAAUCUAAGUGACAAUAGGUUAAAGAAUCUUCCCUUCACUUUCACUAAAUUGAAAGAUCUUGCUGCACUCUGGUUAUCUGACAAUCAGUCCAAGGCCCUUAUCCCCCUUCAAACAGAGGCUCACCCUGAGACCAAACAGAGAGUCCUGACCAACUACAUGUUUCCUCAGCAGCCCCGGCACGAUGAGGAUUACCAGUCUGACAGUGACAGCUUUAAUCCCACUCUCUGGGAGGAACAGAGACAGCAGAGGAUGACAGUGGCAUUUGAGUUUGAGGACAAGAAGGAAGAAGAGGACAACUCAGGAAAAGUGAAGGUUGAGAUUAAUCUGAAGCGCUAUCCCACCCCUUACCCAGAAGACCUAAAGAACAUGGUGAAGUCAGUGCAGAACCUGGUGGGUAAAACCACUCACACCCUCAACACUGAAAAAUGUUCUUCUGGGACCAAUAUGGAGCUCCACAGCCAAGACAAGUAUGAGCCCAAGUGGCCCAUUGCUCCUAAGGAGGUGACAGAGCGAGAGGUCAAAGACUUUUCGAAACCACCGAUGUCUGAUCAAGGCGUCAUCCUCAACUCAGCCAUUGACAUCCCAAAACGCAAUGACAAAGAGGAUCUGACUGAGAGCUCGGAAAUUUCUUUACAUCGCGUCGUUCCCAAGCCUCAACAGCCAGAGAAUACGAGCCUGGCCGUUACUUCCUCUUCCUGUUUCUGCCUCAUAGAUUCCAUGGGAGGCUCCCCUAAUGAUAUCCGAAUUUCUGACAUGAGGCCGACUUUGGUAGAGCCUUCAAUGUACAAACCAAAGGUUGUGUUACUGGGCAAGGAAAAAAAAGAGUCCACUGAUGAGUCUGAGCCAGACAAAAUGCAUUGUUUAAACAACAGCGGAUCAUCUGCCACUUAUUCAGACUACUCGCCCUCCCAGGGAUCAUCUGGCUCCUCCAACCAUCCUGGAAAUGUCAGUAAUCUGCAAACAUCUGGGAAAGAGGGGCCAUCACAGACUCACUGGACUAACAGGCUGGCUCAGUCUUUUCCGAAGCCUAUUGAAAGUAAGCCCCUUCUGAGCCAGAGGGAAACACCUCCUCCCGGCACGCUGCAGCAGCGAGGUGAGAGGCGGCCACUCAGCGACACCUUCGACAGCUGGAACAACGCCCCCCACUAUGAUAACACAGGUUUUGUCUCAGAGGAGACGCCUCUUGACACUCCAAGCAGCAGUGCUGGAAACCCCAUGCUAGGCUCAAAGCCUCGAAGUGCCUCAAUGGCACAGGGCCGGCGGCCUCUCAUGAGACAAGAGCGCAUUGUGGGAGUUCCUCUAGAGCUUGAUCAGUCACAACACACUUUCCACACCGUUCGCACCACCCCUGAAACAGAAGUGCCUCCUCCCUCUAACCCCUGGCAGAACUGGACGAGGACUCCCAGUCCAUUCGAGGACAGGACAGCUUUCCCUUCCAAAUUGGAAAUGACUCCAGCCAACAGCCCUAAUCCUGAUCGUAAGGACUUCGAACAGGAGAUGGGAGAACUACCCAGCACUUUUCCCUCAACUGGAGCUUGGGGGUUUCUGGACUCUACAGACUCAGGGAUGGGACGAGGUCAUCCCAACAUUUCUUCGCUUGUCCAGGGUAUAAAAGAACCGAACAGAUUAGGCACUUUGGUUGUUAGCAAGAGUUCUGAGAGACUUUCGCCAAUGAUGAAGGAGGUAAAAGCGAAAUUUAAGAAAUCUCAGAGCAUAGAUGAAAUCGAUACUGGGUCAUACAAGGUUUACAGCAUCCCCUUGGACAGCUACCGUUCUAGCAUAGAACACCAGGGAAGUGUUGAUAGAGCAGACCUCCCUAUACCUCUAGAACAGAGCAUGUCAAGGAGCCAAUCUGUCCCAAUGCUAGACGAUGAUUUGGAUGGCUUUGGUUUGAAAAGCUGUCAACAACAGAAGCCUGCCAUCCCAAAGAAAGUUUACCAUUUUGACCAAAGCUUCAACCCACAAGGAGCCAUGGAUGUUAUGAAAGCGGAGAGGAGAGUUCCUCCGCCAUUCCCCAAUGCCCCUGAAUAUAUAAACCAACCUGGGAAGACAUUACCAAAGGAACUUGUGAGCCCAAGAGGCUACCGAGGCUAUCCACCAAUGGAACAGAUGUUUUCAUUUGCUCAGACUGCAGUCACCGAUGAUGCCAUCAAUCCACAGCUCUCAGUCCAGCCUCAGCGCUCCAGGCCGGGUUUCCUGAGGCGCGCUGACUCUCUGGUAAGUUCAACAGAGAUGGCACUCUUCCGAAGAGUAGCUGAGAACCAUGAGCUGCAGCUGGCAGAGCACUACAAUAGGCCCCAGCAGAGCAUGCUGGAACAACAAAACAGCUUGUCUACCAUCACUGACACCCAGUUCCACAAGAGGAAUGGUAGGUAUGAGGAAGAUUACACUUCUUAUCAAGAACCCAAAAAGCCAGUCAUGGGUUACCCAACCAAGAGUCUGACACAACGUCGCCCCCUGUCUGCACGGAGCUACAGCACAGAGACAUAUGGGGCAUCUCAAGCAAGGCCAGUGUCUGCCCGACCCACCAUGGCUGCACUGCUGGAGAAAUUGCCUUCAGAUUACAAUCUUAGUACAUGCAUUGAAAAGAGUCCUGAAGCGGACAUGAAGAUGAGACCUGUCCCUCAAAAACAAGAGGACCCAACCUCCAAAAUGCCAGUAGAUUGGAGACAGCAGCUGCUUAGACACAUAGAAUCAAAGAGGCUAGACCGGAGCGCUGUCCUUAAGCACAACACAGUAAACUUCGGCAUGCUGUACUCUGGAGGCUAUGCUGCACCGCAUGCCAGCAGAAGCAUGACAAUAAACUUUUACAAUAACACAAAGCAUGAAAACCAAACAACUCAGUGGCUACCUCUACUAAAUACACCUUCACAACAGAGCAAUAUUUUAGAUAACGGACAAGAAGUGGUUUCUCCGAAUGGCCAGUGGGCCCCGUAUUCACUGGGACGAAGAGACGUGCCACCAGAGAACAUGAAUGUCAUCAAAAAGCCUGGUGUUCACAAUCCCCAUCAACAACAGACUAUGAUGAUGACCUCAGCCACCCCUCCUCACCGGACGGCCCGUGACCAGCAGUAUGAGGGGGCCAUCAACAAGGUGUCCAUCCAGCAGUACCAGUCACCUCUGCCCAUGCCCAUCACCACCACCAGCCCCCGGCCUCAGAGUGCCCGCUGCUUCAUCCAGACUAAAGGCCAGAAGAGUAUGGAUGGCUUUCCAGAGCAGCUCUGUGUGAGGAUCGAGAAGAACCCUGGCCUUGGUUUCAGCAUCUCAGGAGGAAUCAGUGGACAGGGGAACCCCUUCAAGCCCUCGGACAUGGGUAUCUUUGUUACUAGGGUACAGCCUGAUGGACCUGCCUUCAACGUUCUUCGACCAGGGGACAAAAUUCUGAAGGCCAACGGACAUAGUUUCUUACACAUGGAGCAUGAAACCGCAGUGUCUCUUCUGAAGAAUUUCCCGAAAACUGUGGACUUGGUAAUCUUAAGGGAGAGCACAACAUAAAUAUUUUUAUAGCUAAAAGACUUCUCACCCAGAUGGAACACAGGAACUUGUAUAUCAUCUUUUUUUAUCUAGGAACAAUUUUGCCAAUUGCUGGACCAAUGGCAAAUUCCAGUGCCAAAUGUACACUAGAGGAGGACAUAUAUAAUAAUGUUACAUAUGGCUUACACAUUCUACACAAACAUACAUUUGUUGAAAUCUUUCAUUGAUGUUGCUGAUAUUCUCCAUAUCUCAGCCUGUGGCUGUAAGUGGGUGCUUUUGUUCCUGCUUAUUUAUAUGGCGUAUUAUUUUGUACCUAUUUUUCCUAGCAGCUUUUCGGUUUAAUCUCGGAGCAUGAAAGCACAUCUGCUUUUAAGGACAUUUACCCACCAUAACACUGCCUCAACUUUGUAAAUGCCUUUUGUAAAUAUAUACAUUUACAGCUCAAAUGUGAUAAGAGUGUACAAUGUGAAUGAAAGACGCAUUGAUGAUUUUCUAACACAUCGAUGAGUUUUUGUAACAAUGUAGAAGAGACAUCCUUCUCAUGAAAACAACAAUUUA